UCAGCUGCAAAAAGCGCUACUACUAGUGCACACGGGCGACAAGCCACACACGCAAAAAUCGUUCCCGACUCGUGGCGACGCAAGGCCGGCGACCCGUACGUGUGGCGCCCACGACGAGACGAGAGAGAGAGAGAGAGAGAGAGAGAGAGAGACAGCUCGUGUGGUCUCGUCUCAUCUGGAGCUGAGCCGAGUAGCCGACGCCUCCAUCUCCAUCUCUCCUCUCUGCUCUAGCGUGGGCGGAGAACACGAGGCGUGGCCGCGUCGUCGUCGGAGGAGGGAGCAGAGAUGGACGGCCGCAAGGAUGUCGGGAUCCUCGCCAUGGAUAUCUACUUCCCGCCCACCUGCGUCCUCCAGGAAUCGCUCGAGGCUCAUGACGGCGCCAGCAAAGGGAAGUACACCAUUGGUCUCGGCCAAGAUUGCAUGGCCUUCUGCAGUGAGGUGGAGGAUGUCAUCUCGAUGAGCAUGACAGUUGUCACAUCCCUGCUGAAAAAAUACAAGGUCGAUCCAAAGCUGAUUGGUCGAUUGGAGGUUGGCAGUGAGACAGUCAUAGACAAGAGCAAAUCCAUCAAGACUUGGCUGAUGCAGAUUUUCGAGGAAUGCGGUAAUACUGACAUUGAAGGAGUUGAUUCCAGUAACGCGUGUUAUGGUGGGACAGCAGCGCUGUUGAAUUGUGUGAACUGGGUUGAGAGUAACUCCUGGGAUGGACGCUAUGGCCUUGUUGUUUGCACGGACAGCGCGGUUUAUGCGGAAGGCCCAGCUCGUCCGACAGGUGGUGCUGCUGCUAUUGCAAUGCUCAUUGGUCCUAAUGCUCCUAUUGCAUUCGAGAGCAAAUACAAAGCUUCUCACAUGGCUCACGUCUAUGAUUUCUAUAAGCCUGAUCUUGCAAGUGAAUAUCCGGUCGUUGAUGGAAAACUAUCCCAAACAUGCUACUUGAUGGCGCUAGACUCAUGCUACAGACAGUUUUGUAAGAAGUAUGAAAAGCUGGCGGGGAAACAAUUCUCAAUUUCUGAUGCAGAUUACUUUGUUUUCCAUUCUCCAUACAACAAGCUUGUGCAGAAGAGUUUUGCUCGGCUUUACUAUAAUGAUUUCACGCGCGACUGCAGCUCUGUUGACAAUGAUGCUAAAGAGAAGCUCCAGCCUUUCUCAAAUUUGACUGGCGAGGAGAGCUACCAAAGUCGUGACUUGGAAAAGGCUUCACAACAAGUAGCAAAGCCCUUGUAUGACAUCAAAGUUCAACCAUCAACUUUGCUUCCAAAACAAAUUGGUAACAUGUACACAGCAUCUCUUUAUGCUGCGUUGGCGUCUGUACUCUAUAACAAGCAUGCUAGUCUGGAUGACCAACGAAUUGUUAUGUUCUCGUACGGCAGUGGCUUGACAUCCACUAUGUUUUCGUUGAAACUUAACAAUGGCCAGGACCCCUUCAGUUUAUCAAACAUUGCUUCAGUGCUUAAUGCCACGGAGAAGCUUGAGUCAAGACAUAUGACCUUGCCCGAGAAAUUUGUGGAGACGCUGAAGCUGAUGGAGCACCGAUACGGCGCAAAAGAUUUCGAGACGUGCAAAGACACGAGCUUGUUGCCUCCUGGGACGUUCUACCUCACCAGGGUUGACUCCAUGUACCGAAGAUUCUAUGAGAGGAAGGCCGACGAGGAGAUCGCUGCAGCCAAAGCCAAGUACAGUAAUGGACAUGCCACCAAUGGCUAUGCCAAUGGCCACUAGUGGCACGCAUGGCAUGAUGGCUGCUGCUGAUAUUGAUUUCUGGUUUGAUAAGUUCAUGAUUAGGUGUUUCCAGCCUAGUGUAGUAGUUUCUCAAAUAAGUGUUCUCCACACCUGUUAUCCAUAUCUCCUCUAAUUUUUUUGUAUUGAAUCAGACAGACUAGUGAGACAUUUCUGUAGUAUCAAUCAUUCUUGUUUCUUCUAGCUUGUGUUUCUGCUGUCACUUGAAGUUAUUACUAUGGACUAGUUUAGCAAUCUUGAGCCAA